GCACAGCCUUUCCAGUCGCUGCAUCUGUAUAUUUGUUUUUGCCCUAGAAUCACCAAAGCAAGGAGGAGGGUGAGCAAGAUUAUUCAUGGGAGCAGUCUGAAGUUUACUUACGUAGAGUCCCUCCCACUCGUGAAGAGCUUGGUUGGCUAAACAGUUUAAGAUGAGAAAAGUUGAUCUCUGUUUGAGCUCUGAAGGGGCUGAAGUAAUUUUAGCUACAUCAAGUGAUGAAAAACACCCUCCUGAAAAUAUGAUUGAUGGGAAUCCAGAAACAUUUUGGACCACCACAGGAAUGUUUCCCCAAGAGUUCAUUAUUUGUUUUCACAAACAUGUAAAAAUUGAAAAGCUUGUAAUCCGAAGUUACUUUGUGCGCACUUUGAGGAUUGAAAAGAGCGCGUCUAAUGAGCCAGUUGAUUUUGAGCAGUGGAUUGAAAGAGAUCUAGUACACACAGAGGGGCAGCUUCAAAAUGAAGAAAUUAUGGCGCAUGAUGGCCACGCCACUUACUUGAGAUUCAUUAUUACAUCAGCCUUUGAUCAUUUUGCAGCUGUGUAUAGCAUUUCUGCAGAGGGGACAGCAGUUUCCAAUCUUUCUUAAUAAUUAUAACAAAAUGAUUUUAUGUGAUUUUUAACAAUAUAUUUAUUUAAAAACAAAAUUGUCUUUGAUAUAGUUUAUUAAAGGGAUUUGUAUCAGUC